UUCAUUGUACACCUGUCUUGUCUGCGAUCAAUAUUUCCUCAUCAAAUGUUUGUUGAUUUUUUUAAAAAACCUGUCGACUGAAGCAAGCUUACUUGUCAGUUGCACAAACGAGAUGCAGUUAACCAAGUGACAGGCUGCCGGUGUAAGCCGAGAAUAUUGUGUGGGGAUCUACUCGAGCUGUGGACUCGGCUCAAUUGAGAUUUACAGGCACCUGAGUAAAGGGAUACUUGUGUUUUAAUGUUCAUUGUGUUUGGGGAAGUGUGAUUGGUGAUAAAAAUUUAAUUACUUCUAGGAAUUAGCUGCCACAGAUAUUUUUAGUGUCAUUUUGGAUUAACAUUUCUGUGUUUAAGUAAAGAAUCUGGCAUUUAAUUCCUUGCCCUCUUGAUUAAGUUUGAACUGUUAGCAGGAAGUUUAUGAAUGGUGAGGGUUAAGCAAACAAUGCAACUGAAAAUUGUGCAAGCCUCUGAUGAUGAUCAGGGAUCAGAAGGUGACAAUGAGGAUGAAACAUCAGAUGAUGACAGAAAAUUAAAAACUUUAUCUCUCGACGAGAAAUCAGACUCAACUGAGAGAGACUCAAACAAAGAUUCAAACACAGUCCUAGAACCACUGGAAGGUGGCACCUCAUCAGAUAAUCAUCAGGAUUCUGUAGAAAAACCGGAGCAGACGACAGCUGAAAAAUCUAGUGAUAGUUCCGAGUGUGACAAAAUGACUCUGAAAAAGGAAGAUAAUUGUAAAAGGGAACCUGAAAAACGGCCUGAAACACCACCAUUGAAAAGACUGAUGAGGCAGGACCCGCUGCCCUUAUUCAUGACUGACAAAGGCCCAUCACCUCCAAAGAAAAUCUACCGAGAUGAACUUUAUUACAAAAAAUUUGCCGUCCCAUAUUUCGCAACACCAUCCAUGGUCAAACAUGCACCCACUCACCCCAGGCAAGCAAUUCUGAAAUCCAAACACUACUCCAACAAAUUUCCAAAGCAUUUCAAUCCAUCCAGUCCAUAUUCAUUCCCAAAAGUCCAUUCAGAGGAUCAACCUUUAGAUUUGUCUACAAAAGGAUCAUCUAAAUCCAGUUCAUUUGUGGACACCAGGAAAUCAGCAGGAAAGUACACAAAUGGAUUCCUCUCCAAUGGUUCUAGUCUACAAAGUCUGCAAAGGCGAUUUGGUGGCAUGGCAGGAUUCCGCACCAGUCGCCGACCAAUGAGUGGAAUUCUCACGGGACUUCCCUCCACUAUCUCACAGAAAUCUCAUUCAAAUUCUCAGAAAAAAAUCUAUAAUGAUCUCGCAGUACGUCAAAGUCAUAAAAGUGAAAAUAAGACAUCAGAACUCAAAGAUCCAAUUUUAAAGGAAAAACUUAAAAGUGAAGUUGACUCAAAGGCCACUAGUGAAAAGGACCAGAAUUCAAACAUAACCAAAACAGGAAAGGACAGCUCAGAGAGUAUUGACAAAGAAGAAGACAAUAAAUAUACAAUUCACAAGUGUUCUUGUCAGAAAACCUAUAGUACACUGUAUGGGCUUAGCCUUCACUUACAGGAAUCUGGACAUCUGCCAGCAGGGACAAAACAGACCAACCUAAUGGAGUAUCCAAAACUAGUGAGAGGGCAAGACAUGUGGCUCAACCAGGAAUCUGAACAGACCAAAAAAAUUCUUAGGUGUAUUCAGUGUGGUGAGUCCUUUAAAUCUCUACCCAUGUUAACUGUUCACAUGAUGCAGACUCAACAUUACACAAAAAUCGUAACAUCUGAACACGGGAGGCGAUCACACAAGUGUUCUGUUUAUUGUGACCGAGACCUGGACAGGGAGUGUAUUUUCAAGUGUAAGGUGUGUAAUAGUGCUUACAGUGACAUGGAGGGCUUAGCCAACCACAUGGUUCUCUCUGGUCAUCACAAAAAGAAAAUGCACCAAAUGUCGCCUUUUUCCGAUUUCAAAUUAAAACUGCCACAAAAGCGGUACCUCAGAGAGGAACAGAUUGACAGGUCCUUGUCACCUCUAGGUAGCUCUCAGGAGGAAUCUAAGGCUAAGAUUUCCCGCCAAAGUUCUCCUCUCAGCGAUCAGUCCAGAAGUCCCAGCUCAAAUGGGGCUUCUGAGGAUAGCAGAAUCACCUGUGAAAAUUGCAGUGAGAAAAUUGAGACUGGAAAAUUUGUUGAUCAUGUUCGCGUUUGUUUGUUAUUGUCCAAAUAUGAUUCGAAUUAUAAAAUUUCAAUCAAGAAAGAAAAUGUCAAAAGGGAAAUAGAUGACUUGGAGAAAACCAUGGAAUCAGGAUCAGAAAAAGACAGAGACUCUGAGACAGAAAAAGAUGGAAGUUCUGAAGUAAAAGUGAAAAAAGAAGUGGAAGAGAACGAUGAAUCUCCAAAUAUAGACACAGAUGUCAAGAAAGUUGAUACUUCAGAAUUUUCUGCUGCAAAAAUUGAUGACGGAUGUGGAGAUUGCAAAAAGUUGGACAUUAUUGACCCCAACCAUGGGACAGAUGAGGGCAUUAAAGAAGAGAGCUCAGCUUUAUCUGCCAUGGAGAGCUUCAUUCAGAGGAGCUUCAAAUCCGAGUUCAAUUACAGAAGAGGUUCUGUGAAAAUGGGAUCUGCAAACAAGGAGCAGGUAGGCCAAACAUCACAAAAGCCUCUUGAGCGAUCUAGUCCAUCUAUUAGACUUGAAAAGUAUCAAAAAUAUUUUCAUUACUUUUACUCAAGCGAGUCUGAUGAAAAAAGUUCAUUGGAGGAAAAAUCCUCCACUGAUGACAUUGGGAAGCUAGAGAAGAUGUGUGAAGAGGUGAAAGGAUCCAAAAGUCCUAGUGUGGAACAAACAAAAGAGACCCGGAGCACUCCUAAACUGGAGAUAAACGGUGAAAUCCUCAGUAGCAAAUAUCUGAAUUUGGAUGAAGAAGAGAAGAAUAAGGACUCUUCUUCAUCAUCAUCCUCAAAGUCUUCAGCCUUAGACUCUCUCAGUAGUUUCGUAUACAGUCAAUCCUUAACCAGUGAACACCCCUUAGAUAGUCUGCAGAAACUCUUAACAAAUAGUAACAUUCCUAAAAUCAUGCCACCACAUUCAUUGAAAACCUUUGAUCAUGUACGAGCUUCGAUGUCAACUAGUCCUCUGAAUCUUUCCCUAAAAAGGGAACUGGACGAGGACGAAUUGGAAUUUUCUGACGGUAAAGACAGUUUCUCUGAUCAGGAGAGCAGCCAUAGCAGUGACAGUGAUGCUAACAUGGACUACCGCUGCGCCGCCUGCAGCCGCCAUUUUGCCUCCAAAGGUUCCUACCGCUACCAUCUCAGUCGCUGCCAUCUGUCCUCUGUCAAAAAGUACGGAAUCAAAGAAGCCUUCAACAUGAGCCCUUAUAUCUACCUCCCUCUGGAUCACACUGCCAAAUUCUCCAAGUAUUACGAAAUGGCUCAGGAGCUUGCCAAGAAAGGAAAGUAAUCUAGGGGAUUGUACCUUUUGAACUUAUGAAGAAAAAAAACCCUCGUAAAUUCCAGUACUCUUAUUUUUUACUGCAUUCUCCCCCCCAAAGGCAGCACUAUAAUUUAGAAAAUCAUUUAGGGAUCAUUAUCAUGUGAUAUAUCUUUUAGAGAAAAGUACAUGUUAUUGUAGUUUUAACAUUCCAAAAACCUGAUUUCACUCCUGAAAUCCAGCAAGAGAAUUUAUAUAGGUGUUUUGAUUUUCCUUUCCUUUCUUGUUUUAUAUGUUUUGUUCAGUAUUUUUGGGAAAAUAAUGGCUUUGAAAUUUUUGAUAUGUUUAAGAAUUACUGAAUAUAAUGCAAGAUAAAAAUAUCUUAAGUUUUUCCUCAGAUACUUAUGUAUGUACUAAGACAUUAUCCCAGUGCAUUAAGGUGAAGUUGUAUAGCUUUUUGUCUGACAGUGUCACACCAAAAAUGGAAAUCCAUGUUUAAAAAAGCUUUAAAGAUGAAGGAUUUAAUUAGUACUUAGACAGAUUUUGUGGGUGAUUAAUUUUUUUCUUCUAGGUAUAAAACACACAUAAAUGUAUUCUGCAUAAUAUCAUAUUAUAGAAUGAACCAUUAUGGAAUGUCAUUCCCUCUACUCAAUGUAUAAUUUUUCCAACUAGUUUGUGUAAAUAGCUGAGCUCUGGGCAAGUAGCAAUGUAUGAAUUAGUUUAUGUCAGAUGUGCUUAGAAUGGAUUUCGGGCUGUAAUUUUGGUUGACAGCAAAACGUGUUUUAUGGUCUCUGAUUAGGAAAAGCUGAAAUCAUUAUCAAUGUUCGACUCCCUCAUUACAAGGUGCAUCAAAUCACAAAAACGCCUUUCCCCCUCUCAGAAUAAAACUCCUAGAUGUCAAGUUAUACAAAACAUGGGCAAUAAAUAUACCGUUAUCUAUCAUGUUAGAAAAUUCUUGCAGGGAGUAAUUGAUAAUUUUCUUUUUGUGAAAGAAUGGGCUUGAAUACAAUCCAAAUUACACAAGAUUUAUGUAACAAUUUGUACUUUUCAUAUCAGAAUUACGGUUUAUGAUAGUCACACUUCUUUGUUUGAUAAUAUGAUAUCGAUAGUAAAUAUUUUUUAAUACAAAAUUUUUUAGAACAAAAAAAUUGAAAGUCAUGAUAGAGGAGCAAAAGAAGUAGUUCACCUUCUUUGAUGUUUUAAGAAGCAUCAAUCAUAUAUUCUGGUAUGAAAUUAUAUGUAGUUCAUCAUUGUAAUUACAGAGCAAAAUUAAGAGGGUUUGAUUUUGAUGGACAACUGUUUACAAAUCUGUCACUGGCAUCAACAACAGCACCAGAGUUAUUCUGGAACCACCCACCUUAUGAACCAAGCUUUUGACUAAUGGUGCUAAAUCUUCAGGUGUUUUGACACAGACAUCAGUCAAAUUUUGAAAUCCUUGUUUUAUUUAUAUGAAGGAGUGUUAUUUAAUGUUUAUCACACAGUGACAUGAUUGAUGGGAAAGUAAAAGUACAGGUUUAAGAUAAUAAAAUAAUUGAAAAAUGAAUGUGCAAGAUUUCCUGUCAAAACUUUAUAGGAUUGUUUUGAAGGGUGCUGCUUAUUUUUCUCAUUGUACAAGAAUUCUGAAUGACAGUGUCAUGAAACAAAUCAUUGAUUCAUGUCUGAGUUUUGAAAUCCAUAUAAAUAUUUGAAAGAAAUGUGUACAGGCAUAAUUUUGUUAUAAUUGUACAUAUUUAAUGAUGUUUUUUUGUGUGCUUUGAUUACAUAUCAUUUUUUUGUUACAGUGCUCUUUCUACUCAUUUUUUUGAAAUCUUAUUCCAAGUGCCAGCUUUUUGUAGUUAGUAUUUUUUUUAUAACCCAAUUUUACAAAGUAUCCAAAGAUUUAGUUAUAAAAUGACUAAGUAGUCACUCCCUGGUAAUAAAAAUUGCCUGUGUACCAAAUUUUUUGUAUGGAAAAAAAGAGAUUUUUAUUAGAAAAAAUGAGUUUUAAAGCCAUAUUGAUGCAAUUUAACAAGGUUAUAUUUUGAAAUGACAUUUUCAUUUGACAGCUCUUGUUAAACUGACUACAUGGUCAUAAAAAUGGCAGUUAAAGUCAUGUACGUCAAAAUCAAGUGAUUUGUGGUACACUUAUUAAGUGUCUAUCCAUUUUAUUUAUUGUAUCAACUUUUGUGUAUUCUCAUUAUUAAUCGUUAUAUAUUUUAUGUUUUACUUAUUAAAUGAUAUGGACACAAACUUAUCAUGAAUUAAAUAUACAAUACCAUUGUAA